UGCGUAGUGCCGAGCAGAGGCGAGCGUCCGGCCCCUAUCGGCACUUUCAACCCUGUGCCACGCGUCUGGUGAGCGGGUCGGAUUCCGCCCCUCUCCGACAGGUCCCGGCAAAUUAACAUCGCAGUAUCAAAAUGUACGACCCCGAUGAGGCUGAAGAUACCCAAUAUGAUGAGGAUGAUGAUGAAAUCACUCCUGAUUUGUGGCAGGAGGCCUGUUGGAUUGUUAUCAGUUCCUAUUUUGAUGAAAAGGGUUUGGUUCGACAACAGUUGGACUCAUUUGAUGAAUUCAUACAAAUGUCAGUACAGAGAAUUGUGGAAGAUGCUCCACCAAUAGAUCUCCAAGCUGAAGCUCAACAUACAAGUGGGGAAGUGGAAGAACCGCCCAGGUUUUUAUUAAAAUUUGAGCAGAUUUAUUUAUCCAAACCAACUCAUUGGGAAAGGGAUGGAGCACCAUCUCCAAUGAUGCCAAAUGAAGCCAGACUGCGAAACCUUACGUAUUCAGCUCCUCUCUAUGUGGAUAUAACAAAGACAGUGAUUAAGGAGGGGGAGGAGCAAAUACAAACACAACAUCAGAAGACAUUUAUUGGAAAAAUUCCUAUAAUGCUUCGGUCCACCUAUUGUCUUCUUAGUGGCUUGACAGAUCGUGAUCUCUGUGAGCUCAAUGAAUGCCCUCUAGACCCUGGUGGUUAUUUCAUCAUCAAUGGAUCAGAAAAGGUUCUGAUUGCACAAGAAAAAAUGGCAACAAACACUGUUUAUGUGUUUGCAAAGAAAGAUUCUAAAUAUGCAUACACAGGAGAGUGUCGAUCCUGUCUAGAAAAUUCAUCUCGUCCCACAAGUACCAUCUGGGUCAGCAUGCUAGCAAGAGGAGGACAAGGUGUACGAAAAAGUGCAAUAGGCCAAAGAAUAGUUGCCACUCUACCAUAUAUCAGACAAGAAGUUCCCAUAAUAAUUGUGUUUCGAGCUUUAGGAUUUGUCUCUGAUAGAGACAUUCUGGAACACAUUAUUUAUGAUUUUGAUGAUCCAGAAAUGAUGGAAAUGGUAAAACCUUCUCUGGAUGAAGCAUUUGUUAUCCAGGAACAAAAUGUUGCUUUGAAUUUCAUUGGUUCAAGAGGUGCAAAACCUGGUGUAACAAAAGAGAAGAGAAUUAAAUAUGCGAAAGAAAUUCUGCAGAAAGAAGUACUUCCGCAUGUUGGAGUCAGUGACUUCUGUGAGACCAAAAAAGCUUAUUUCUUGGGUUACAUGGUGCAUAGAUUGCUGUUAGCCGCUUUAGGCCGAAGAGAAUUGGAUGACAGAGAUCACUAUGGGAACAAAAGACUGGAUUUGGCUGGACCGUUGCUUGCUUUCCUCUUCAGAGGCAUGUUUAAGAACCUACUGAAAGAAGUCCGGAUAUACUCACAGAAGUUUAUAGACAGAGGGAAAGAUUUUAACCUGGAAUUAGCAAUCAAAACGCGGAUUAUUUCUGAUGGGCUGAAAUAUUCACUUGCAACAGGAAAUUGGGGAGAUCAAAAGAAGGCUCAUCAAGCCAGAGCUGGUGUAUCUCAGGUGUUGAACCGUUUGACUUUUGCUUCAACCCUCUCUCAUCUUCGUCGUCUUAACUCUCCAAUUGGAAGAGAUGGGAAGCUGGCAAAACCUAGACAGCUUCAUAAUACACUGUGGGGUAUGAUUUGCCCUGCUGAGACACCAGAGGGUCAUGCUGUUGGACUAGUGAAAAAUCUGGCUUUAAUGGCUUACAUUUCUGUUGGAUCUCAGCCCUCACCCAUUUUGGAGUUCUUGGAGGAGUGGAGUAUGGAAAAUCUUGAAGAAAUUUCUCCUGCUGCUAUUGCGGAUGCUACAAAGAUUUUUGUCAAUGGUUGUUGGGUUGGUAUACAUAAAGAUCCUGACCAGUUGAUGACUACGCUAAGAAAGCUUAGACGUCAGAUGGACAUCAUUGUAUCUGAGGUAUCCAUGGUUAGAGAUAUCCGCGAACGUGAAAUUCGGAUUUAUACAGAUGCAGGUAGAAUUUGUCGCCCACUUUUGAUUGUAGAGAAACAGAAACUGCUGCUAAAGAAAAGGCACAUUGAUCAAUUAAAAGAGCGAGAGUAUAACAAUUACAGCUGGCAGGAUCUUGUGGCGAGUGGUGUGGUAGAAUAUAUUGAUACGUUGGAAGAGGAAACUGUGAUGCUGGCCAUGACUCCUGAUGACUUGCAAGAAAAAGGUGUUGCAUACUGUUCAACAUAUACACAUUGUGAGAUUCAUCCAUCCAUGAUUCUUGGUGUUUGUGCAUCGAUUAUCCCAUUCCCUGAUCAUAAUCAGUCUCCCAGAAAUACGUAUCAAUCUGCUAUGGGUAAACAAGCUAUGGGAGUUUAUAUUACAAAUUUCCAUGUGCGAAUGGACACCCUGGCACAUGUGCUGUACUAUCCACAGAAACCACUUGUCACAACACGCUCCAUGGAGUACCUGCGAUUCAGAGAGCUACCAGCUGGUAUAAACUCUAUAGUAGCAAUUGCUUCAUAUACUGGUUAUAACCAAGAAGAUUCUGUCAUCAUGAAUCGGUCUGCAGUGGACAGGGGUUAUUUCAGGUCUGUGUUCUACCGUUCAUAUAAAGAGCAGGAAUCGAAAAAGGGUUUUGAUCAGGAAGAGGUAUUUGAGAGGCCUACACGAGAAACUUGCCAGGGUAUGAGGCAUGCUAUUUAUGAGAAGUUGGAUGAAGAUGGAUUAAUAGCACCUGGUGUGCGGGUUUCAGGGGAUGAUGUAAUCAUUGGCAAAACUGUAACUCUGCCAGAAAAUGAAGAUGAGCUUGAGAGCACAAACCGACGGUACACAAAGCGGGAUUGCAGCACCUUCCUGCGGACGAGUGAGACCGGUAUUGUGGACCAGGUCAUGGUAACACUAAACCAAGAGGGAUACAAAUUUUGCAAAAUUAGGGUGAGAUCUGUCCGAAUUCCACAAAUUGGAGAUAAGUUUGCCAGUCGCCAUGGUCAGAAGGGUACAUGUGGUAUCCAGUACAGACAAGAGGACAUGCCAUUCACAUGUGAAGGUAUCACCCCAGAUAUUAUAAUCAAUCCACAUGCCAUUCCAUCUCGAAUGACAAUUGGUCACUUGAUUGAGUGUCUGCAAGGGAAGGUAUCAGCAAAUAAGGGUGAAAUUGGUGAUGCAACACCUUUCAAUGAUGCUGUUAACGUACAGAAGAUUUCAAACUUGUUAUCGGACUAUGGGUAUCACCUCCGAGGCAAUGAGGUUUUAUACAAUGGAUUCACAGGACGUAAGCUCACAUCACAGAUCUUUAUUGGUCCUACUUACUAUCAGCGCUUGAAACAUAUGGUAGAUGACAAAAUUCAUUCCCGUGCAAGAGGACCUGUUCAGAUCCUUAAUAGGCAACCUAUGGAGGGUAGAUCUCGUGAUGGUGGUCUGCGUUUUGGGGAGAUGGAACGAGAUUGUCAGAUUGCUCAUGGUGCAGCCCAGUUUUUGAGAGAGAGGCUAUUUGAGGUUUCUGAUCCAUAUCAGGUGCACGUAUGCAAUCUGUGUGGGCUCAUGGCAAUUGCCAAUACGAGAACACACACUUACGAAUGCAGAGGAUGCCGUAACAAAACUCAGAUUUCUUUGGUACGGAUGCCCUAUGCCUGUAAACUUCUCUUCCAGGAGUUGAUGUCAAUGAGUAUCGCACCACGAAUGAUGGUUUCAUGAUGGACUGAACAUGAUCAUCACACAGACAAACCAUCUUAAAUAUAGAUAAAGAAAUAUGUGACUGGCAAAAUUACUUGCAGAACUAAGUGCACAAGUUGGUACAGAAAAGGGCAUUUCUUGUUCAAGUACCAGAUCUUGAGCCAUACUUAUUUGUAUGUUUUCAGUUGUGAAUUUAUUUUUUUGCCAGUGUUGUAAGUAGAUUUUGUUGUGAGAACAAAAAUAAAAUUCUGUAUUGUUUUAUGUAAA